CACCUCUAGCCACUGCUGCGUGCCUCGGCCCAUGUGAGCACUGGGGAGUUGUAAAGUGAGUGAGCGAAUCCAACCCUGCGGGAAGUCCAGCCUCGGUCUCCAGGAGCCGCGUUCUCCUGUGGGAGCACCGGGGACCCAGGGUCCCUGCCUUCAGCAUCUUCCUCCGAAGUUGCGGAGGUGCCGGGAAGAGGAGGGGCUUCGCCUCGGGCGUCCGAGUGAUUGGCUGCCCGGGGCCCCUGGCGAGGGCCGUGUGGUCCAGCCCGGGCGGAGAGGGGCGGAGCGGCCACUGUUCCAACCACAGCCGCCAACGCCACCGCCACCGCCGCCGCCAGCCGCCGCAGCCCCGGCCGCUGGGCAAACACCUCCGGGCGGCGGCUUCCUCGGGUCCCCGACGCGGUCCGGGGCGCCGCGUCCCGCUCGCUCCGCGCAGAGCCAUGCUGGGCGCGCGCGCGUAAGCCCCGAGCCCGGCGGCCGCCGACCCGACCCCGCGGACCGGUCCUCGCCUCCGUCCAGCUUUGCGCGCACGCACCUCCCCCGGUCCCCGCCGGUCCCUCGCGACCAUGCCCGGGGCGACCGCUCUCGGGGCCCUCGGGCCGCUGCUGCUGCUGCUGCUGCUCGGGGGGCGCGCGGACGCGGCCCCGGACUCCUCGGCGCUGGAGGGCGCAGAGGGCGCGGAGCCGCAGCUGGAACCUUACCACGACCCGUGCAAAGCCGCUGUCUUUUGGGGAGACAUUGCCCUGGAUGAAGAAGACCUGAAGUUAUUUCAUAUUGACAAGACCCAAGACUGGAUCAAACAGUCAGUGGAGAGAACAGGACAUGGAACAGGUGGACGUGAAGACCAGUCAUUCGAGAGCUGGCCUAAUGCUACAGUCGCGAAUGCCAGCAGCGAGGAAGCUGGAAAGGAUGGCGAGGAGAAUGCCAUGUUUCUGCAGAGCCCUGGGACCUCGAGUGCCAGAGCUGAAACCUUCUCUUCCCGGGUCCGAAGAGCCACAACCUCCAGGACAGAGAGAAUAUGGCCCGGAGGGGUCAUCCCCUACGUCAUUGGAGGGAACUUCACAGGAAGCCAGAGGGCCAUUUUUAAGCAGGCUAUGAGACACUGGGAGAAGCACACUUGUGUGACCUUCAUAGAGAGGACGGAUGAAGAAAGCUUUAUUGUCUUCAGUUACAGAACUUGUGGCUGCUGCUCCUAUGUUGGGCGCCGAGGAGGAGGCCCACAAGCCAUAUCCAUUGGGAAAAACUGUGACAAGUUUGGCAUCGUGGCUCACGAGCUGGGCCACGUGGUUGGGUUCUGGCAUGAACACACCCGGCCAGACAGAGACCAGCACGUCACCAUCAUCAGAGAAAACAUCCAGCCAGGUCAGGAGUAUAAUUUCUUAAAAAUGGAAGCCGGGGAAGUGAGCUCUCUCGGAGAGACGUACGACUUUGACAGCAUCAUGCACUACGCCCGGAACACCUUCUCAAGAGGGGUUUUCUUAGACACCAUCCUCCCCCGCCGCGACGACAGCGGCGUCAGGCCAACCAUUGGCCAGCGCGUGCGGCUCAGCCAGGGAGACAUCGCUCAGGCCAGGAAGCUGUACAAGUGCCCAGCCUGUGGGGAGACUCUGCAGGACACCACGGGGAACUUCUCUGCACCUGGCUUUCCAAACGGCUACCCUUCUUAUUCCCACUGCGUCUGGAGGAUAUCGGUUACUCCAGGGGAAAAGAUCGUCUUAAACUUCACGUCCAUGGAUUUGUUUAAAAGCCGCCUGUGCUGGUACGAUUACGUGGAGGUCCGAGAUGGUUAUUGGAGGAAGGCCCCCCUGUUGGGCAGGUUUUGCGGCGAUAAAGCCCCAGAGCCCCUCGUCUCCACAGACAGCCGGCUCUGGGUGGAGUUCCGAAGCAGCAGCAACAUCCUGGGCAAGGGUUUCUUCGCGGUGUAUGAAGCUACGUGUGGGGGAGACAUUAACAAAGACGCCGGCCAGAUUCAGUCUCCUAACUACCCGGAUGACUACAGACCGUCCAAGGAAUGUGUCUGGAGGAUUACGGUGUCAGAGGGAUUUCACGUGGGGCUCACCUUCCAGGUGUUUGAGAUCGAAAGGCAUGACAGCUGUGCAUACGACUACCUGGAGAUUCGCGAUGGCCCCACGGAGGAGAGCACCCUGAUUGGCCACUUCUGUGGCUACGAGAAGCCGGAGGACGUGAAAUCAAGCUCCAACCAGAUGUGGAUGAAGUUUGUGUCCGAUGGCUCUAUCAAUAAAGCGGGCUUUGCAGCCAAUUUUUUCAAGGAGGUGGAUGAGUGCUCCUGGCCAGACCGGGGCGGGUGUGAGCAGCGCUGCGUCAACACGCUGGGCAGCUACAGGUGUGUGUGCGACCCUGGCUACGAGCUGGCGGUUGACAAGAAGGCAUGUGAAGUGGCCUGUGGCGGCUUCAUCACCAAGCUGAAUGGCACCAUCACCAGCCCUGGGUGGCCCAAGGACUACCCGACCAACAAAAACUGUGUCUGGCAGGUGGUGGCCCCCGCUCAGUACCAGAUCUCCCUCCAGUUUGAGGUGUUUGAACUGGAAGGCAAUGACGUCUGUAAGUACGACUUUGUGGAGGUGCGCAGCGGCCUGUCCCCCGACGCCAGGCUGCAUGGCAGGUUCUGCGGCUCCGAGACGCCCGAGGUCAUCACCUCGCAGAGCAACAACAUGCGCGUGGAGUUCAAGUCUGACAACACGGUCUCCAAACGUGGCUUCCGGGCCCACUUCUUCUCAGACAAGGACGAGUGCGCCAAGGACAACGGCUGGUGCCAGCACGAGUGCGUCAACACGUUCGGGAGCUACCUGUGCCGGUGCAGGAACGGCUACCGGCUGCACGAGAACGGACACGACUGCAAAGAAGCUGGCUGUGCGCACAGGAUCAGCAGUGCAGAGGGCACCCUGGCGAGCCCCAACUGGCCUGACAAGUACCCCAGCCGGCGGGAGUGCUCCUGGAACAUCUCCUCCACCGCGGGCCACCGGGUGAAGCUGACGUUCAGUGAGUUUGAGAUCGAGCAGCACCAGGAGUGUGCCUACGACCACCUGGAGGUGUACGACGGCCCCGACGCCCUGGCGCCCAUCGUCGGCCGGUUCUGCGGCAGCAGGACGCCCGACCCCGUGGUGGCCUCGGGCAGCAGCCUGUUCCUGCGGUUCUACUCGGACGCCUCUGUGCAGAGGAGGGGCUUCCAGGCGGAGCACAGCACCGAGUGCGGGGGCAGGCUGAAGGCCGAGGUGCAGACCAAAGAGCUCUAUUCCCACGCCCAGUUCGGGGACAACAACUACCCGAGUCAGGCCCGCUGCGACUGGGUGAUCGUGGCGGAGGACGGCUACGGCGUGGAGCUGGUGUUCCGCACCUUCGAGGUGGAGGAGGAGGCGGACUGUGGCUACGACUACAUGGAGGCCUACGACGGCUACGACAGCACGGCGCCCAGGCUCGGCCGCUUCUGUGGCUCUGGCCCAUUGGAAGAAAUCUACUCUGCAGGGGAUUCUCUGAUGAUUCGCUUCCACACGGAUGACACCAUCAACAAGAAAGGCUUCCAGGCCCGAUACACCAGCACCAAGUUCCAGGACGCCCUGCACAUGAAGAAAUAACAUCCAUGUUCUUGGAAGACAGCAACUGAGAAGGUUUUUUUUAAAAUAUUGUAAAAAUAGCACCUUGCGAAUCUUCCCUAAAAAAACAAUGUACAGUAUUUUUCUCAAACAAAACCUCAAAAUCUAGUCUUGGAGGUGUGUAGUUGAUGAAGUUUGGCCAACAAGGAAGAGGGAUGUUCCUUUGAUUCCGGUUGCAGCAUGAUCAGUUAUGGACUUUCAAAGAUUAAGGUUUGAAGCCACUAGUCAUUCAAGCUAUGCCUGUCAUUAUCCAUUCUCCUUGUCCCUUACUCCUAUGGGGCAAGAGGCCAGUCUUCGGGUUGGUCAUUCCUCCGUUUCUGGACAUGCUUCCGUAGGUGCCAGUAACCUGACCAUGUGCUGGAGACUCCGGCUGUCUUCCAUUGCACUGGGCAAUGAGGAUGAGAGCUUGGCCAAGGCUGGUUUGUCCCUCACAGCUUUGGGCAGAGACUCUACCAGAGACAGGUUAACCAGGAAACUCAAGCAUGUGGACAUCAGGACUGAAACAGGCGUCACAGUGAGCAGUACACAGAGGGAGCUCGAGUACUGAGCGUCAUGAUCACCAAGUUAGGAGUCCUCAAGCCUUUCUUCUGUGUCAUCAGCUCUCCCUGCUCCCUAGGUUUCCCCCUCAUCCCUCAUUGCAUCAGGGGACUAAGGCACCUGCUGUGAAUUCCAGCAUUACAUUGGUGUGUAAGGGUCCCCAGGUUGCUGAGAAGAAAACAUCCUGGCUCAUGUCGAUGCUCCUUGGCUCCUUGAGAAGACUCCACCUAUGCACUGUGGGAUUCCAUGGGCUCAGAACCUUUGCUCCUUCAGCUUUGGGGGUACCAUCUGUGGUCGACCUUGACUCCUUGACAACCAAUGCAAACUGUGUUUGCAAAGAUGUGCAAAGACAUCUUACAAGGGACCAGUUUAGGUCCCUCAUGGGUGAACACUGUUGAAAACUGGUUAAUCAUAAGUUAUGUAAGAAUCAACACUUUGUGGAACAAGUCAACCUGUGACUAGCUUUCUGUAACUGAUCAGGUUAAAGAGCGCAUUGGUGAUUUGGCUCAGACUAGUCAGUCUCCAAUCUCCAACUUGCAAUAGGAAUUCACCACACUUGGCACUUGUUCUAGAGAAGUGUGGAGGAUGUUGUUUACACAAUUUUAGAACCUCCAGGUAAACUUUAAACAGUGAGGUAGUUUUGAAUGGCAUUUCAUUAAGGCAUCUAUGGACAUUAUGAGCUAAAAGCUGUGGUAUGUAGCUUUAAAAGAGUAUUUAUGUUGGAAUAAUUUUAAAUAAUGUUUACAUAGCUGUACAUCCUGUCUGGUUGGUACUGAACACCGGACGGAGCACCAGUGUUUUCAGUGAGAGUGCAGACAGCUCCCAAGCACAGAAUUCCUUUGGGGGAGAACAACAUUAUUUUAAACAAAAGUGUUUGCAAAAGGUUAAAGGUUAUAUUUCUAAAAGAUCAAAGUAUGCCCCCAGAAGACUAUGUCUAAUUUGAAUGAUUGUUGGGAGUAAAAAAAAAAAAAAAAAAAAAAGAAAGAAAGAAAGAAAGAAAAGAAAAAAGAAAAAGAAAGAAUAAUACUAAAAAAAUGCAUGGAAAUAUUUUUCCUUAAAACAGAAAAAAAAAUCAAAGUAUUAUUAUGAAUAAUAAUAUAUGUCUGUAUAUAUGUGUGUCUGUAAAAGAUUAGCUGUCAGAGCCUUAAUCCCUGCAGUGAGACAAAUGCCGACCCGGGUCCAUAGCUUUCCUGAGCAGGCCCUCCUGACCGGCCUGCAUCUACGCGCUGUUUCCCCUUACCAAGCCCUCCCUCUGCCUCUCUGAGGCUGGAGGCUCAGCCUAUGUUCUCACGCCGUGAUGCAUCGCAGACCCUGCCCAGCCGAUCUUUGAUGCGGCAAAUGCAGCAGCUUGUCUUGUGGUUCAGGUCUCAUCUGCCUGUGAGGGUGGAUUCCAUCUCUCUGGCUUUUCUAUCCUCUGGGAUUUAUUUUGUCUCAGCUUCUCUGUCCAAGGUACAGCUGAAAUCGGGGUAUCUAAGUGGCUGUUAAGAGUCUUUCUCCAAGGUCAUGAAAAUUCUAUGGUUUCCAUCUGUAGAAGUGUAAAUAAGAGUAAUGAAUUCCCUGGAGAAGUGGGAGGGAGUCCGAAUCAGGCAGCUUUGCCUCAGUAUAUGUCCCCCCACACCCAUCCUCCCGUGGGAAACAAUAGGACUCAUUUUUAUCUCUGUAGUACGAGUAUUUUCAAAAGCACACGACUUCAACAAUUAUCAACCUGUGGCCAAUUAGAAACAAUGGGACGCUUAUGAAAACCUUUGCUGGGCCUUCUGGGAGUGACAUAUUCCCAGAAAAGACAAGCUCUGAUUCAGCGGGGA